GGCGGCCUAUCCAAAGUUUUGAGGAACUACACUGAACAGGCCUGCGACGGAGAGUUCCUGUCUGUUCGUUGUCCCCUCCGUACCACCAUAACUGUCCAAUCAGCUUUCUACGGUAGAAAAAGGCCCUCUGAUCCUCAACAGUGUCCUCAAACUUACCAGGCACUCCUGAGCUCCUACCACUCCCAGGAGGAUGAUCGACAUUGUUCGGUGUCCACCGCGCUACAGAAAAUGUUGGACGAGUGCCAAGACAGAAGGAGCUGUCAAGUCCUUGUCAACAGCCGUGUGUUUGGGAUGGACCAGUGUCCUGGCAGCAGUAAAUAUCUCAUUGUCUGGUACAAAUGCAGACCUAAUGAGUAUAAAAGUAAGGUUGUCUGUGAGGAGGAGCAGAUGAGGCUCAAAUGCAAACAGGGCAUGCAGAUUUCUGUUUACUCCGCCAUGUUUGGUCGAACUCAACAAGGCACGCUGGAGUGCCCCCCUCACGACCGGAGGCCCCCAUCAGUGGACUGCCAGGCAGCCACGGCCCUCCAGGUCCUUACAGCCCGCUGCCAGGGAAAGAAGAGCUGUCGGGUCCAGGCCUCCACCAAAGAAUUUGGAGAUCCGUGCUACGCCGGCACCAAGAAGUACCUCAAUGUCAUCUAUACAUGUGUGUCAAAGAGACUGCUCCAGGAGCCAGGCCGCAGACCAACGGUGUACCACCCACCCUCUGCCACCCGUGACCCCAAUGUGGUGGGAGACGGGCCUUCUGGGGGAAGUUCAGGCCAGAACACUGUUCCAACUCGGAGCCCCGACAAGAAGAAACCAUCUGACACCAGAAGAGGCGGCGGAAACAGUUCAUCACAGCCAUCAGGCAUGAACCCUGUGAUCAACUCCACCUCCAGAGCCAACAUGGCUCUCAUCAGCAAUGCACUGGCGGCGUACACCUACAUAUCAGAUCAUCCCGAAAGGGCAGCGCUGUUCUUCGUCUGCGGUGUGUGUCUGGGCCUCUUCCUCACCCUCUUUGCCCUGGUGGUCCAGAUCUCCUGUCGCACAGACUGCCAGUCUCGGAAGCGGCCAGCCGUCAAGAAACCGCCCCGCCCCGCCCACUCAUCCUCGGACUCCAGCGACUCGGACUCGGACUGGGACACCACGUCGGACCUGUCGGCGCGGAGGCACAGGCGCUUCGAGCGCACGCUCAACAUGAACGUUUUCACGUCAGCGGAGGAGUUGGAGCGAGCCCAGCGGCUCGAGGAGAGGGAGCGGAUCAUACGGGAGAUCUGGAUGAACGGGCAGCCCGACAUUCCAGGGACACGGAGCCUCAAUCGGUAUUACUGAGCACCGCCUUCGGUCGUUCUUGUUGAAGACUUCCUUGAACUAAAUCCAGGAGGCACUUGGUCAUGAGGGCAGGAACCGGAGAAGGCCGGCACGGAGCUUUGGAAGCAAGCAUGCAAAUGCAGCUGUGGACUCUGAAAACAGAGGGGAGGUUUUUUGCAGGCUUGUAAGGUGGUCUGCGUGUUCCACUGGGUGUCAUAAGGUGCAGCCCCCCCCCCUCAGUCAAGCAAUAAGCUUGGGCUCCACACGGCAAGCUUACCUCGCCCUUACUGCCGGAAGUGAGGGGUGAAGGGGCAACACCGACUCUCUGUUGACUUCAGUAGGCCUUUUUGAAGUCGGGAUUUAUGGGUUGGUUGCCUUGGACAUACACAGGCCUGCAGAGACUACAUGGAGGCUGAAGGACCACGGCCUCACAGGGGUCUAUUACACACAGAACACUUGGCAGCUGGAUGAGACUGUGAAACUUUGAGCGUUCUGCUCUCUACUCUCCAGUAUUCAGUAUGAACUUCAACAAAGAAAAGAAAAAAAAAAAGUGCGCUUGACAAUGAGAUGAAUUAAGACAAUCUUUCCACGGUGAACCAUGCUGCCUUUGAGCUUCGUAAAACCAAAAGAUUUUGUGUGCGUGCGUGUGCUUGUGUGAGUGCGAGGGAUUCAUCUCAAUCCUUAUGAGACGUAUUUUAUAAUAUUUAAUAGAUGUUGACCUUUUGCUCUCAAGUAUGGUUUAUUUUUUAAAUAUUUUUAUACGUGGCAAAAGUUGUCUGGCACCUCAGGGAUGCAAUCCUAGUGUUUCUGUGUUUGGCUGAUGCGCUUUCUUCCUAAAAAAAAAAAAAAAAAAAAAAAAAAAAAAAAAAAAGUGGGGUCAUCAGCAGACCAAAUAAAUUCUUUUUUUUUUUUUUAAGGCAUUGAAAGAAAAUAGCUAGAAAUAUGAUGCAAAGAGCCUCCAAGAGGUUUUUAAUGAUUUAUAACCUUAUUUUUGAUACAGUAAUUCACAGAUCAGUGCCUUUUCCUAGCUAUGGAAGAUAGUUGGUAGAAUUUAACAAAUGUUUUAAACAGGUGAGCUAAUUAACUCAAAAUACUUCAUUUGCAUGCCACUAUUACAGUAAAGUCACAAUGGUAAGGUGAAGCUUGUGUCACAUCUGAAUGUUUCUAUUUAAUAUUGCACUUGCUAUGUACUCUGAUGGAUAUGAAAAUUACAACAAUAUACCAGUUUCGUACCAGUGGUUUUGCUUGAACGUUUUUUUUUCUUUCUUUUUUUUUUUUUUUUUCCUGUUUUGGUCUUCACUCCUUAAACAUUGUGUGGAGUGCUGGGCUAUCGCCAAUUGUAAAGCUAGUGGUCCUGAACAGAUGUUUGUGGCUAUCUGAAGAAGGCACCAGCUCUGCACAAUAAACAAGUAGGUAUAAGUAAAUUAGAAUGCAUUGAAAAGUUCAUUUGUACAAGUCAAUCCGUUCAAACAUGAAAUUCAAUCAGAGUGGCUUAUUUCAAACAUUUGUUUCUGUUAACUUUGAUUAAUAUGAGGUGCAGCUAGUAAAAACACAACAUUCAGUUAUUGAGAAAAUUUUUAAGAGAUAAGACCAAUAAAAACACGUUGUUUUGUUUUGUUUUGUUUUACUGUUAUUUUACACAAUCCUCAUGUUAUUACACAAACUGCUGGUGCAGAGACUGCUGUCUUCAAGCGUAUUAAUAUUACGUUUAAUGGAGCAAUGUAUUCCAGGAGAAGUUCAGACCAAGUCGAGCAAAUUUAAUCCAUGGAACAUGGGCAUACAAUUCAUUAGGCUAACAUUUAUGCAUUCGAAAAAAAAAUUAUUAUUUUUUUUGUCUUUUCUAACUAACCUCCUGGUUAUUUAUUAGCUGUAAGCCUUAUUCAUCAAAAUCAAAAAGCUUAAGCUCUUGCUUUUGAAUUCAGCUAUUGUCAUGAAUGAGUUAUUUGAUGAUAUUCUAAUUUAUUGAGAUGCACCCCCCUAGCUGACAUGUAACCUGCUUUUGUUUUUCAGUCACAUUGCCAGUUUGAUAACAUAAGCUACUGCCUUUGGCUUUGUAAUAUUUUAACAGAGUUUUGUUACAGAACACACAGGGCAUUUCAGAGAUAUUAUUAUAACGGACCAGUCCACAUGGACUAUUAUGCCUAUGUGAUAAAUAAAUUAAACUUUGCUAUCUGUCAGAAUAAACUAUGUCAUCUGUGCUUUAAAUAAACUGUGUUCAAAUUAA